AUGCCGGGUGAUAUUUUAGGCCUUCUGGAAGCGAUCAUUGACCCUGACAAGACCGCGACGUCAGACAGUGGAUUAGCCGCCCAGGGUAAUAUCCAGGUUGAGCCAGGACACUUGUUGCGGAUAGGGCGGAACUUGGAAGAAUGCGACGUCGUUCUCGCGCACCCAUCUGUAUCUAGUGUGCACUGCACGGUGUGGGGCAUCCAGUUUGACGGGGAGAGCGUGCCGAUGUGUUACAUCAGAGACUGCUCUCUGAACGGAACAUAUGUGAACGGGCAAAGUCUCCUGAAGGGAGAGAGCUAUAUGCUACAGGACGGCGAUGUGAUCAGUAUUCCCAACGACUGCGAGUUUCGGUUUUCCGCCGUGUCAACCUGUUACUCGCCGCUGUUGUUUGAGCAGCUCGGGAUCAAGCGCCGCGUGGGGGAGUGGGAAAUCACGCCGCAGGUGGUCGGCAGCGGCACUUUCGGACAAGUUUUGGUCGCGGAGCGCAAGAGUGCGCAUUCCAAGCACCGGCCGCUAAACUAUGCGGUGAAGGUCAUCAGGAUGAAGAGGGAGGCACUUGCGAAAGAGGCGAGUAUUCUAGUGCGGUUGAACCAUCCCAAUGUCAUUAAGGUCCAUGACACGUUUGUCGAUGAGAACGAUAACAUCUACAUAUUUGAAGAUCUCGUGGCUGGAGGUGAUCUUUUUUCGUACCUUGCAAAAAAGGAUUGCCUCGCGCCGAUCUCCGAGACCGAAGCACUAGUGAUUGUGUACCAGAUUCUCCAAGCGCUUAAAUUCUUGCACUCCAAGGGUAUUGUUCACAGGGAUCUCAAACUGGACAACAUUUUGCUCUGCACUCCUGAGCCCUGUAGUAGGAUCGUCCUAGCUGAUUUUGGAAUUGCGAAGGAUCUACCGAGCACACGAGUUCGCAUGCAUACAAUUGUCGGUACUCCGGAAUACUGCGCACCUGAGGUCGGUUUUAGAGUCGACCGGAACUCCUACAGGAACUUUUCCCGAACCGCGAGUAUGGAGCAGCAAGGUUACGAUUUCAAAUGCGAUCUGUGGUCAUUAGGCGUCAUGACACACAUAAUGCUAACUGGGAUCUCUCCAUUCUAUGGGGACGGAACGGAAGCUUCCAUAAUCCGUAAUGUCAAAAUUGGCAAGCUAAACUUCGGAACAAAGCAGUGGGUAGGCGUCAGCGACACUGCAAAGUCUUUCGUGCGACAACUGCUGGAGGUCAACGCCGAAAAGAGAAUGAGCGUCCAAGACUGCUUCAAGCACCCAUGGAUAGCAAAGCACCGCAGCCACCUGGAGAGGAUAUACAACAAAAAAAUCGUCGCUGGGGGUACAUCUUUAACUAAGAAUAUCGCAGAGAUUGAUUGGAAAAGAAAAAUGCCGAAAGCAGUAGUCCUAUCACCGCCAAAGAUCCAAAAGAAAAAAAUGCGGAAAUGA